AUGAAGUUCAUGACUACAAAGGAUCAAGGAACAAGCGUACGCGGCCGUUUACAAUGCUCCAAACAAUCAGUGCCAAUACCAAAACUCCUACGAUUGCAGUGGGCCUCGGCUUCUAUGCUAGGAGGAGGUCCAAGUUCUUGGAGACCGUUUUUCCAGCACAUAUUUGAUUCUGCGGAAGCUCGCUCUACGGCAAGACAGCCAGUGGUCCCCCCUUUGGCGAAUACGCUUAACAGCAUGGAUGAUCUUGACCAGUGGGAGGCCGCUUGGACUUAUCUCACUACCAGGUUAAGCAAUUUGGACGAAGAUAACACCAUUAGUGAUAGGUUUGACGAGCUCCAAGACUUUAUUUAA